AUGAAAUUUUCUACCGCCUUUUACGUAGUUUUCAUGUUCACUGAGUAUACUGCAUACCUGAGCCUCAUCGAAAAUUGGCCGGCCUGCCCGGCUCCCUACCAAAGGCUUCCCGGCCUGGAAGAUCUGGGCUGCCUGCGGGAAGACAACUCCCCGAAGAGCUGGAGUGAUGCCAGGGCGUCCUGUGUGGCGCUGGGCGGGGAUCUCGCUGUCAUGAGGACGUCGCAGGACUUCUUCCGUCUCCGGAGUUACUAUGCUGCUCAGAGUGCGGUGACUGGGCUCUGGGUUGGCGUAUACUCGGAGAUGUGGCUCAAUGGAAGAACUCCUGAACCGGGCGAAUGGUUCGACGGAGAACCCAAUGGAUCAGGGCCUUGUGUGGACAUGAGACUCAGUAGCUUCAUCGGAACACUUUACAAUUUUUAUCUCUCUGACAACAUAUGCUCAAAUGUGCACGGUUUCCUUUGCCAGCUGCUGUAAGUUAAUUGAGAAAGGAUGUUCCGAAUUCAUCGGGCAAGAUGUUAGGUAAUUUUCCCGAGCACAGAUUUGUCUGCGUUUUGCUUCUUUUUUAUUUUAAGCUCUAGUAAGUUUCAGUAAAUGACUGAUGUGAGGCACUUUCUUCUUUGUUGCAGUGGAAAUGUCAUUAAGAAUUAAAGACACCUAAACCAUUAUCUGCCGAUGUACAUAAUUACCUCCGCCGAGGUUAUGCUUUUGCUAGCGUUGGUUAGUUUGUUACUUUGUUUUUUAGUUUGAAGGAUAACUCAAAAAGCUGUGAUUUUUUGUUUUUAAUAUACCAGAGGUGUGCCUUAGCCCAACUUCGAUGCCAUUGAAUAUUAGUGGUGAUCUGGUUCAUGAUCCGGAUACAGGAACUUUUUAAUGAUUGCAUGUUAAUUAUUAUUAUCAUCAUUACCUAUAUCACCGCCGCCAAGGAGGUUAUGUUUACGGACGUCACCGA